UCAGCCAUUGCUGCAGCUCCCGUCGCUGCUUUUAACUCGUUUCCUCUCCUAAAUUAGACACAGCAGCUGAAAUAAUGUACCGAUUAUGAUCUAAGGCAGCUUUGAAGCAGAGAUGAUGUGAUGUUUUGCCGGAUUUUGCUUUAAUUCAGUUCGUUUCGAGCAGCUGAGUCCUGCCGUGAUGCAUUCACUGACCCAGGAGAUCCAGGGAUUCUCCAAGCAGCGUCUCAGGAAACAGUGCACGCGCGUCACCACGGUGACGGGCAGGAAGCUGCUGGAGAGGAGGAGUGAUGGAGGAGGAGGAGGGGAACAGGUGGAGGAGGUGGAGGAGCUGCAGGAGGAGGAGGGUGGAUGUGGGUUUGUAGAAGAUACCAGUCUGGACCUUCAGGUUGGAGUCGCCCGACCGUUCCUACUGCUGGCCUCUCAGGAUGCAGCCCACGACAUCGACACCCUGCGCAGAUUUAAGGUGUCUCAUGUGCUGAACGUGGCCUACGGAGUCGCCGAGCUGUUCCCAGAUCAGAUGGUCUACAAGACGCUGCAGAUCCUCGACCUGCCCGACACCGACAUCACGGCGUACCUGGAGGAGUGCGGCUCCUUCAUAGAUCAGGCCAGAGAUCAGGGCGGCGUGGUUCUGGUCCACUGCAACGCCGGCGUGUCUCGUUCUUCCUCCAUCGUGAUCGGAUACCUGAUGCUGAGGGAGAAGCUGUCCUUUGACGACGCCUUCAGCCAGGUGAAGCUGGCGAGGCCGUCGAUUCGCCCAAACCCCGGAUUCUACCAGCAGUUACAGAACUACAAACCUUAAAGGACUACAAAACCCAGAAUUUUUUUAAUAGCUCAAACAAAGAAGCCAAAACCCAGAUCUGGACCCAGAGCUUUGGCCUGUGGUAAAAAUACUUUAUGUGUAAGAAUGUAAUGUUGUUUACAUGAACACUGUAAUAAAUCAUUGUACAAUUCUAA